AUGAACACCAUAAAAGAAAUAUUGCGGAUCAACGAAGAAGAGUUAAAACGCGGGUUGGCCGGCACGGCGGCUUCUUGGCACCAGCAAUACGCGCAAUCGGCGUGGGUCUAUGUGGGUAACCUGGACCAUGCUCUUACGGAAGGGGACGUCAUUUGCGUACUUAGUCAGUACGGCGAAAUCGAGGACUUACACCUGGUGCGCGAAGAAGAUACGGGCAAGUCCCGGGGUUUUGCCUUUUGCAAAUACGAAGACGCGCGAUCGUGUGUGUUGGCGGUCGACAACUUCACCGGGAUCGAGCUUUGCGGACGAUCGUUGCGGGUUGAUCACGUCGAAAACUAUCGUUUACCGAAACACUUAAUGGACAAAGAAGACCAG